CCGUCCCGCCUCUUUCUGUUUGCAGCGAGGCGUACUUGUCGAGAUCUGCGACUCUACUCGUUUUACCUUCUAAGCAGACAUUUUUCCCCAAUACGAUGAUUCCUGUGGUGGAUUUUAGCGUCUACAACCUGAGUAAGAAAGAUGCUGAUGGCAAGGAGCUGCAGAGUCUGAGUGAGGAGCUGAAAACCGCAUUUUCUCAAGUUGGGAUGGUUUUUCUCAAAAACACUGGGAUUUCGCAAGAGGAGGUGGAUCGUGUCAUGGGGUCGUCCAAGAGGUUUUUCCUGCAGCCAGAAGAGCUGAAGAAGCAAGUCAGCAGGGGUAGCUUCCCAAACAGCUCCAACCACGGCUGGGUGUCGAUGGAAACCGAGAGGUUGAAUCCGAGCCAGCCAGGAGACCUAAAGGAGGCAUUUAACCUGACAUCAUUUCAACCUGACAUAAAAUGGCCGUCAUCAGACGCCGUGGGGGAUUUCCGAGAGAUCCUCACAGCGUUCUUCCAUCGCUGCAAAGACCUGAGUCUGCGGGUGCUGAGGGUGAUGGCCCAGAGCCUGAGUCUGGACCCGGACAUAUUCCUGAGUGCGCAUCGAUUCAUAGGAACUGAUAAGAACGGCACAACGCUGCGGACUCUCUACUACCCUUCAGUGAAGAGCGAGACGGCAAAGGAAGGCCAGGUGCGAUGUGGGGAACAUUCUGACUACGGAAGCAUCACUCUGCUUUUCCAGGGCUCUGAGGGUCUGCAGGUUUGCACUCGCGCAGGUGAGUUUAUCUCGGCUCCCUGUAUCCCUGGAACCGUCCUGGUCAACAUCGCUGACCUGAUGCAGCGCUGGACGAGUGAUCAGCUCAUCUCUGUGCGUCAUCGGGUUUUGCUGCCCCCUGUUGGAAACUCCAGCACUCGCCAGUCUUUGGCUUACUUCGUCCAGCCAGACGACGAGGCCCUGAUCACCUGCUGCGACGGCUCAAACAAAUAUCCUCCCGUCACCGGAGCCGGCUACCUUGAACAGCGUUUCAGUGAGACGUACGGAAGGAAGUGAAGAAAGACGCUCAUCUCUCUGCUCAAACCUCUCCAUUACAUUAUGUCACACACAUACAUGGUUUCUACAGGUUUCAGCAGCUUAGUUAAGACGUUUUGAAAUAAUUAUGAAUGGAAUUUAAGAUGUAUAUAUCUACAGACAUGUACAAAUUUCAUCCAGCCAACUCUCAAUAAAUUUAUACUACAUGCGUGUCAUGCCAUGAUAUGAUGAGAGAUGCUAAAAAGCUAGCCAGCUAGCAAGGGCAUCUCAGCAGCUCGUUAGCUGCCACGGUAGCUUCAACAGUCUCGAGUCACAGAAUGCAACGGAGAUGUCAGAGUGCAACUCAAACUUUUGCCUGACAGAAAAGUUUCCCAAUGAAAAGAAAAAAGGAAUAAAAUAUCCUUAAUAUAUGAGAUACAAGAUUAAAUAAUCCUGCCAAGACAAAAUUUAAGACCUGUGAUUACGUCACAUGACACUUUAGAUUCCACAAUGGCUUCACAGCUGAUUUGGAUUGAAUUUGAUGUAAAUGGCUCAUUUUCUGUUGUUGUUGGCCAGUGUUGAAAAAAAUUUGUUUAAUUAUGCUGGUUUUAAUGAUGUUUAAGUUUAGCGCAUUUUGAAACGCUAGACUCUUCCUGAUUGUUUUGAAGUUGAUGUAAAAAUAAUGUUUGUUUUAACCACAAAAUGACCACUCAUAUACAUAUCCCCAAGUAUAUGAGAGCAGCUCAUCGAUGUAGCAGCUACGUGGCCUGACGUAAAAACAUUUUACUAGACAAUGUCAAAAACUGAGAAGUUUUAAUUAUUGUUGUCAAACAGCAAAUAAGUUCAUAGUGAAAUUGUAUGUUUUUGAUAUAAUGACAGAAAUUUUUACUAAAAAAAGUGUAACAGAUGUUUUUGUAUUGAAACUGCUCAUGUCACACACAGUGUGGCAGUUAAUACGGAGGAACGUCUUUGUAUUUUUGUAUUUUUCUGUGGUAAUUAAUUUCUUUGUGGAUUUGGUUUCUGAUGAUUAUGUUGAGCUGUUGAUGUGAUUUUAUGCAUUUGAUUUUUUUAAUAAAUUCUGGUUGAUUGUGAAGUUGAACAG